GUGAAGAUUUAUGCACGAACGAGUACUCUUAUGCUAGAAGACAAUGUGGCGGAUUGUGUGCAGGAAGAGCUGGUGCACAAACAUUUUACUGUCAUCUGGGAUGUGCUGAAAAUGCAACAAAUGCAGGAGAAUAUACUGCCUGUAAAGAUGGUUGCAGAGGUGCAAAUCUAACUGAAACGAAUUGUCGAAUCAACUGUGAAUUGAUUACUCAGAAUGACUACAUGUGUGGAACCAUUUGUGGUGACGAUAUCCCAUCAUUUCUACAACGUUGUUUAUUUGUAUGCGCCAAAACACAUGCUCCUAAAGAAGAGUGUGGUAAGUAA